AUGCUCAUCUUCUGCUUCAAGGGAAGAUUGAAUUUAAAGAGACUCAGAGAUAGAGUUCGAACUACAAAGUUGUGGACGAUCUACUCAACGCAUUCUUCGAAAAUUCUUGCGACAUUUGAAGAUGCAUACAAUAGAGCUUGCAAAUCUGGAAAGAAGACAGGGGCCGGGACAGUUGAAAAUGGAUCCGUCGUGAAUCAAGCCGAGCGAAAAUCUCCAGCUUCCCCGCUCAACAGUUCUUGUUGGUACGAGAAGGAUACGGAAGACGUAGCACCCACGGAUUACGUAGGUCCUUUCUUGUGGGAAGACAUUGCGGGAAUACAUUUCCGACAAGUGCAAUGUCAGCAAAGAACAAAAACCUUCUUGCUAGCAUGGCUUUCCCACUGUGUCAAACGCAUAAUGUCGAUGACAAAAGGUCCGGUUAAAGAUCAACAAAUCAAGUUAAAGUAUCAAGAAUCUCUUGAGAAAGCGGGAGAGAGAAUGCUAGCCAUUCGGGCAAAGUUACCUUUUUGA